UUGAGCUGCUGAAAAUUAGAGAAUAGUAUGAAAAUAUUAAAAAUUAAAAUAACCUAAUACAAUACCUUUGCAAUAAAGGUACAAAACUAUUGACUGUGUGUUUUUUUUACAAAUGUGUUACAUAACCAACAUUGCAGUUUGUGAGGCAAACCAAGUGCCACAUUAUAUUUAUUAUACAUCAUGGUUUGAAUACAUAAUAUAUUUCAAGUAAACGACCAUAACACUUGGACAAUACGAAACGAUGAACAUGUAUUCUCCACGCCAAAAGAUAUUAUGGUUUGCGUUUAGUUCAAGAAUUGUUGUGAUAUUUUUACAAGCAAUUUCAAAUUUUAUAAUACCGGACCAUGACGCCAAUGUUUUUAUAAGCCCAGUAGAUCCAUCAUUGCGCCAAACAUAUGCAGAUGUUGCAGUGAACAAUUUGUUAGGUGGUAUGAAAAGAUGGGAUGCACAAUACUUUAUACAUAUAGCACAAUAUGGAUACACUUAUGAAAAUUGCUUAGCCUUUUAUCCAUUGUUUCCCAUGGUUGUAAGAUAUGUAGCCUAUGGACUAUGUAGUUUAUUGGGAACACUGUUAAAUUUUCAUAGUGCAUUGUUAAUAUCUGCAACAAUCAUCAAUGUAUUAAUGUUUAUUAAAUCUGCUGAUGUAUUACAUAGACUGAGCUUAAGGGUUACAAGAAGUGAGUGUAAGGCUUACAAAUGUGCAAUACUAUAUUGUGUUAAUCCUGCAAGUAUAUUCUUUACAGCACCUUAUUCAGAGACAUUAUUUGCUUGGAUGUCAUUUUAUACAAUGUUAAAAUGUACAGAAAAUGAAACUUUGAGGUUUGCUAAUAUUGACAUAACAAGUGGAAUGCCUGCUGGAUUUUCAUUGAUAACUAGAUCUAAUGGUUCUGUAAACAUAGGUUUUAUUCUAUAUACUAGCUUCAAAAAUGUAAUAGAAAGGACUUUACCUGAAAUUGUGUACAAAUACAAGACAUUAAAACAUAGAAUUAUAAUUCCAGUCUUGUUGUUGCCUCUGUUCACAUCAAGUGUUGCACUUUUUUUGGUUUUAAUAAUAACUUUCAUCCCAUUUCUGUUAGUGCAAACUUAUAAUUAUUUUAAAUUUUGUAUACUCAAUGAUCAUAAUUUACCAGAAUUUCUGUCUAACACUGAAUAUGUUUUGCCAGGUAGUGCUGAAAGCCCUUGGUGCAAUAGCACCAUACCCCUAUCAUAUUCAUAUAUACAGAGUCAUUACUGGGAUGUAGGAUUUUUUAAGUAUUAUAAAUUAAAACAAAUUCCAAAUUUCAUACUUGCUUCUCCUUGCAUUUUUUUAAUAUUGUACCAUUGUAUAAGUUAUAUUAAUAGUAAUUUUAAAUUAUGCCUUCGACUUGGAAUAAAAUCUAAUGUAUUUGGAUAUUCAAACAAAAUGCCUUAUAGGCAAAAGCAAUAUUCUAAAGGAUUUGGGGCCAAUGAUCCUUCAAUGUUUGUAUAUAUAGUGCAUGUAAUGUUUUUAACAAUAUUCUGCAUAAUUUUUGUACAUAUACAAGUGUCAACAAGACUUUUGGCAUCUGCCAGCCCUGUGCUGUACUGGAUAUGCUCUAGUAGAAUGAAUGUAGGACCUACUCCAACUUCAGACCAAAAUACUAUUAAUGAGCAUUUUCGUCGUAUUGGUAUUGGGAAAAGAAUACCCUCCCAUCAUUUAUCAAUAGCCAAUUUAGAAGGUGUUGACAAUAUGUAUAGUAAAUGGAAAACAUUUGUAAUAUCACGAAGGAUGCCUGAUUUUCAUUCCAGGUUAAUUCAGUAUUAUUUUAUAGGAUAUUUCAUAAUAGGUACUAUAUUUUAUUCGAAUUUUUAUCCAUGGACUUAAAUACUUUAUCUUAAACAGGACAUAUCAGAGAACGUAUCAAAUUCAUUUAUUAAAUAUAUCUCCAUUAAUUAAGUGUUAUCACUUGUAAUAUUCUAACAUAUCAGAUGACGCAUUUAAAGAUUAAUAUUAUUUUACGCAAUAGUGCUGAUAUAAUAUAUUACAGAGUUAUUUUAUUUCUGCAGUACUGAGGUUAAUUAAAAUUACUAGUUAGUAUUUAUCUUUAUACAAUAUAGCGAAAUAGAUAGACAUACCUAUUUAUGUCCUAGACUUUUUAAAUCUUUCUAUAGUAUUGCUAUUUUUAAGAUUUCGGAUCAUUCCUUAAUAAAAGUAUUAUAUAAUAAG